AGCCGCUGUCCUGUCCACGCUCGACAGAUCCUUCGCCAUCCACAGCAGCAGCCAAGGCCAAAGCUCAUUCAUGCACUUCUCUAGUAUUUGUUUCAUUCAUUCAUUCAUGGCGAGCAGCCACUACCACUACCACUACCACUAGAGACGACAACGAGAUGGCUGCCCUCGUUCAGUAGCUCGUAGUAGCUGCCACGCGGUUCGCACUCGCAAUUCCGUUGCCUGCUGCCUCCAAUGGCCACCAACGACUGCUGCAGCACCGCCGUCGUCGCCAGGGCCAGGCGUCUCUCGGACCUGCUGCGGGAGCAGCAGGAGCCCUUCCUCCUCCUCCACCACCUGCUCCUCCAAGACCACGACGACGACGACGACGACAGUAGCGGCACGGCGGCCCGCACGCCCACCGCCGCGUCAGCGAGAGCGAGAAACCUGCUGCGCGGGACGAGCACGACGGCCACCGUCACCAAGCUGGCUCUGCGCUGGGCAGACGACCUCCUCGCCGGCUGCUUCUCCUUCUCGUGCGCCGCCGCGCGCCAGACCAGGUUCCGCCGCCUCCCUCGCGCCGACGAUGGGGGCAUCGCUGCUCCUGAUGCCGACCGCCACGAUGGCGCCGCCGGCGAAUGCUGCGUGAGGCAGCAGCUCAGCCCCGUGUCUGUCCUGGACCUGCACUCCGACGAUGAGUCAUCGCCCGUGCCCAGCCACCGGGAUGAGCAGAGCGACGACGAUGGCAAUUGCAAGCCGUCGACCUCAGGGACAGGGACGUCGCCGUCGCCUCUAUCCAUCCACGACCACGACCUCCGUGGCAAGACUCCGGCAAUGGAGGUGGAGAGGUUUCAGGGGAAGAGCGUCGCGUCUGCCUGGGACUGCGAGUGGGAGACCGUCGCAGCGGACAUCUCCCGGAUCCCGAGCCUGGUGGAGCUCGACUUGUCCGCGUCUCCGCGGGACGACUGGCGCCGCCUCGUUGUCGUCGGCGGGGAAGAGGAGGCCCGGCAGGUGGCGCGGAGCAUCGAGGCCAUGAUCUUCGAGGAGGUCAGGUGGGAGGCCGUCCGCGACAUGCUCUGCUCGCCACAACACUGACAGUUCAUAUGUUUGCUAUCUUUCAGAGCAAGGUGCGGUUAAUGUUUUGUAAAAGAAAAGGACUUUGCAACUAGUCAUUUCACCACGACCACGGCCUUAUGCAGAGUUUUCAA